AUGCUACCCACCUUGCUGUCCCUCGGCACUCUGCUAAUCAGCUCUUCCCUCGCGCAAUACGCUCCAGCGUAUCUUAUCGCUGCCGACGUCUAUGGGAAAAGCUGUUCAACAUGCGGCAUGAUCGCGGCCUUCCCUACAGGCAAGGGCACGAAUGUCGCUAUUCUCACCAAUGACACCAGCAAAGCAUUGACUGGUCAGUUCAACAACACAUACUGGACAUUCAGUGGCUUCCGCAAAACCCACUCCCUAUACAUGGAGCCCACCGCCGAUAGCAAAAAUUUCCCUUACUAUGGCAAUGUAGGCAUAAAUUCCGGCUUUGCUACGCCGGGUUUUAGUGAAGGUGACGAGGAUGGCCUGCUUGUGUGGAACAACACGGAUAUGGCGAACGAGGGAUCUUGGUUUGCGUUUUGCCCAACCCUCGUACCUGGACACGAGUCGGCGGGGCUGCAGGACCGGGUGUUUUGGCAGUCGAACCAGGCGCCGGCUGAGGGUACGACAAAUUGCACCACCAUCGUAUUCCAUGGUGCUUUUGAAGGAGCUCAAGAGGGGUAA